AGUGUCACGGUCUGACCUCAAUAACGAACGAACCGGAAAAAAUGUACUCCACUUCACUGCUCAGCCCCGCCAUUCUCUUCCCCACCAACAACCCAAAACCCACCACCAAAACCAGACCCAAACACCACCAACUCCGUCCUAGAAUGUCACUCAACCACCAAACACCGCCUCCAAUCGUCAACCCCUUCAACUCCGUAGCCAAGCUCCUGUGGGGCAAAUCCCUCCCACCCCAGCUCCUCAUCUCCACCGUCCGUUCCACCUGGUCCACCGCGUGGCACCUUAUGAUGUCUCAGCUCGCCCCCUCCGAUUCCUCCGGCAGUUACACCCGACCCACCUCCCUAUUUCGCGCCAAUCCCAACCAAUUUCCCGGAGAAAAAGCACCGGGCCCCACAGCCCUCCACCUCUACGUGGGCCUUCCUUGCCCGUGGGCCCACCGGACCCUCAUCGUCAGAGCACUCAAGGGUCUCGAAGACUCCAUCCCUGUCUCAAUUGCAUCGCCUGGCAUAGAUGGUUCUUGGGUAUUCCUGGAUAACAAUACCACCAGUGGGAAUAAGCUUAUUGCUGGUUCUGAUAAGGCCAAUGGGUGUAAAGCCCUCAGGGAGGUUUAUAAGCUACGGCAAGGUGGGUAUAAUGGCCGAUCCACCGUGCCAAUGCUUUGGGAUGGAGAGAGAAAGGAAGUUGUUUGCAAUGAGAGUUAUGAUAUCAUUGAAUUGUUUAAUUCGGGUUUAAAUGGAUUAGCAAGUAAUCCGGAAUUAGACCUCUCACCGCCAUCAUUGAGAGAAAACAUCGAUGAAUGGAAUCGAAUUAUAUACCCCAAUGUCAACAAUGGAGUCUACAGGUGUGGAUUUGCACAGAGUCAAGAAGCAUAUGAUAAUGCAGUGAAUGAGUUGUUUAGCACAUUGGACAAGAUAGAUGAUCAUUUGAGUGCUUCCAGGUAUUUGUGUGGAGAUGUGCUGACCUUAGCAGAUAUAUGUUUGUUUACUACUUUGAUUCGGUUUGAUCUUGUGUACAAUGUCAUGUUCAAAUGCACAAAGAAGAAGCUGAUUGAAUAUCCCAAUCUUCAUGGAUAUAUGCGAGAUAUUUAUCAGAUUCCGAAGGUUGCACAAACUUGCAAUUUCGAAGCAACCAUGGAUGGUUACUACAAAUUUCUUUUCCCGCUGAAUCCAGGUGGUAUUCGACCAAUCAUGCCUUCGGGUUGUGAGCAUGAAGUCCUCUCCAAACCUCACAACAGGGGCUCUCUGUCAUUGGACCAAAAAAAUGUACAGGUUUAUGUAUCAUAGAGCUGACUUCCAGUUACAGUUCAGAUGUGUGCAGUAUAUGCUCAUGUGUAUAGUCGUUUUCUGAAAUUUCACCUCAUUAUAUACUGUGAGACUGUGAAACAUUUUCAUCUAUGACUUGUAUAUAUAAAGUAGGCUGUUUAUCGAUGAGAAGCUGAUCGAGUUGCGAAAACUGAAUCAGACACUGAUGAGUUGUUGGCUGUAGAUUACCUUUGACGUUUUCUAUUGUUGAAUGUCAAAGAAAUUGUGGUAAACUUCCUAUAUUUGGACCAGAAAUAUAUGAACUUGUGAUAUAUCAUUUGCUUAAUAAGGAUGGG